AGCGGCCUAUAAUCGAGGUACUGUACAGCUGCAUGCCACGCCCAGCAUUUACAACCACGUGGCUUGUAUGAUAGUGAAGUUGAAUUAUGGGUCGUAAAAAGAAACCAUUUAUUGACAAGAAGAACUCUCAGACGUACCGCCUGGUUCCACGUAGUCAACAAGAUCCUCUGGCAGAGAAUGUUGAUGAGGCUCAGCACGUCUUAAAGGCUCUCCAGGUACAGGACCCUCCUCCCAGUGAGGACCAUCACCUGCAGGAGCAGUUCAAGUAUGGCAUUGACUAUGAGGAUGAGUACGACUACCUGCAACACCUCAAGGAGCCAGGGACAGCUGUCCUGCAGCCAGUCAGAAUGGCCGAUAGAGACCAACCAACCAUUGGGGGCGAAAAGAAGUUGGGUCUCCCUGGUGAUCUGUUCGGUACAGAGGUGGCUGUUGAGGGGAAAAUGGGCAAGAUACUCCCUGUGACAGGUCCCCAACCUGGCUGGGACCCUGACAUAGUGGCUGCUCUUGAAGAGGCUGAGAUGAAUGGAAGUGAGUGUGAGGGAGACCUGGACGAUGACUUUGUGCUGCUGGCCAACUCUGGAGAGCCGGGGAUACCAGUCUAUGUCACCGAGGAGACAGGAUCAAGCAAUGCUCCGUGGUGGAAGAAUAGGGUGGACUUUAGUGUGGACAAUGGCCCUAGAGACAACCAAUCAGAUCCAGAGGAGGAUGACCAAUCAAAUGCCAGCUCUGACGAUGCUAAUAUGAGUGAUGGUGCUGAGAGGAAGUCCACAAGAUUCACACAAUAUUCCCUCAGCUCAUCUGUAGUACCCAGGAGUGAAACUCUCACGCUACUGGAUGACCGUUUUGAAGAGUUUAUGGCUGAGUAUGAUGACAAUGAGCUGGGAGCUGUGGACGAGGGGUGUGAAGGUGGUGUGGAGUGUGAGGCUGGUGGAGGCGACGAAUACGAGCAUAUCCUACUACAGUCGGUCGUCGAGAAUUAUGAGAAACACUUCAAGAGUCAAAUAAACACUGUUCAGGAGCUUCUUGAAUCAGAGAGAGGUGUUCACCACCCUCAACCAGCCGUGAGGAGCAGUAAGCAGCCCACUGACUCUGGGGACAGUGAUAAUGUGGAGAGUGAUGGAAGUGAGGGUGAGGAGGAGCUGCCGGUGUUGAUGGAGGUGGCACAGAAACAAGAGGACAAGUGGGACUGUGAGAGUAUUUUGAGUACAUACUCCAACCUGUACAACCACCCCACUAAGAUAGUGGAGCCUGGCACACCCUCUGUAACCAGGGAGCAGAUCAAACUCUCCUCCAAGUCCAACCUGCCUCUCGGAGUGAUCCCUGGCUCCCUGCCCAAGGAGAGACAGCCUAAACAAGCCUCAGUGAGCAGACCUCGCCACGAGGAGAAGGAUGAGAAGCGUGCCAGAAAGGCAGCCAUCAAAGAGGACAGAAAGCAAAGAAGAGCUGACAAGAAGGCUACCAAGUUGGCCUUCAAAAGUGAGUCAAUGAGACUGGAGAAACAAUUAGCUGGUAGACUUCUAACUGCAGCUGUAGUUUAAUCUUGUGUUUUAUUGUCAUUUCUCAUUCAUGGUUCAUAUAACUUGUUUUCAGAAAUAAAUUUGAGCAACUGUCA